AUGUCUACAGUCUAUGUCAUGUCACUUUGGCUGAUGAAGGGACCCCUUGCAGUUGGACUGCCAGUGCUGAGUAUAACCAUGUUGCCACCUAACCAGACCCUGCCGGAUGAACCUAAUGUCCAGGGUGCAGCUUCUCUACUUACCUUUGGCCAAAUGUCUUCUCCUACUAUGUACAACCUCUACAACAGUGACACCUGCAGCAUGGACAAGAUCCUCUUUCCUGGCAUGAACUCAUACACAGAAAUAACAGCGGUUCCUAGGAGGAUGACCUCAAACCUAUCUACCAGGAAACCUUGGCAGGUGGCAACAUUGGACCUACGCUCACAAGAUCUAAAGACCAAAGACACGACGAUGGUUUGGGUGCCAAAUUCCCAGCAGAAAUCCCAAGAACAAGAAAAUAGAGAAAAACCUUUGAAGGUUCAUAUUAAAGAACUGACAUUUGCAGAUGCGUGUGGCGAGCUGAGAAGGAAAAAUCGGGACUCAGAUGUGCCAAAAAUUAGGAAAGUGACUAAACCACCUACAGGGGGACGCCCUCAUAACCUGAUCCUUGCCAAUUCUCCGAUAAUGAUGCAGGCGCACACCAGAAAAUGGAUGACCGCAAGGUCUACUAGCAGCAAUCUCACUACUGAGGUGUUAGAUGUCUCAGAAUGUCUUGUCAAUGCAAAAUAG